AUGAGCUCCAGCGUCCGAUCCGGCGUUUCGAGCCGCACCAGCGUCCGCCAAACGACGAGAACAUCGACCGCGCGCCACGGUAUACGCGCCGGCGCAGCGUCGCCCGCCGGCUCCCUCGCCUCCACCAUGGGCAUCGGCACGAAGCGCAAGGAGCGCGACUACGAGCUCGACACGGGCUCCCGCAUGAGCACCUUUGGCGGCGAGGAGACCAACAUUAAUGUUGUGGUCCGCUGCCGCGGUCGCAGCGCGCGCGAGGUCAAGGAGAACAGCGCCGUCGUCGUCAAGGCCGACGGCGUCAAGGGCAGCCAGGUCGACCUGUCCAUGGGGCCCAACUCGCUGAGCAACAAGACAUAUUUGUAUGAUCGCGUUUUCUCGCCCGCGGCAGACCAGGAAAUGGUCUUUGACGACACGGUCCGACCGAUCCUCGAGGAGAUGCUCUCCGGCUAUAACUGUACAAUUUUCGCGUACGGACAGACGGGCACAGGAAAGACGUACACAAUGUCCGGCGACAUGACGGAGACGCUGGGCAUGCUGUCCGACGAGGCCGGCAUCAUCCCGCGCGUGCUCCAACAGCUCUUUAGAAAGCUUGAACUUGACGACACUGAGCACUGCGUCAAGGUGUCGUUUAUCGAGCUGUACAAUGAAGAGUUGCGCGAUUUGCUCUCCAUCGAAGAGACCGCCAAACUCAAAAUCUACGACGACGCGUCACGAAAAGGUCAUGCCGGCACCAUGGUGCAGGGCAUGGAGGAGAAGCAUAUCAAAGAUUCAAGCGAAGGCAUCAGGGUGCUACAAGAUGGCAGCUUGAAGCGCCAGGUCGCCGCCACCAAAUGCAACGAUCUCAGCUCGCGAAGUCACACCGUAUUCACUAUCACCGCCUAUGUGAAAAAGGUCAACGAAAACGGCACCGAAGAUCUUAUCAGCGCCGGCAAGCUGAAUCUCGUCGAUCUUGCCGGCAGUGAAAACAUUCAGCGCUCGGGGGCCGAGAACAAACGUGCUGCUGAGGCUGGCCUCAUCAACAAAUCGCUUCUGACUCUUGGCCGCGUCAUCAACGCCCUCGUCGACCGCAGUGCGCAUAUCCCCUACCGAGAAUCAAAACUCACGCGACUCCUUCAGGACUCCCUUGGUGGGCGAACAAAAACGUGCAUUAUUGCCACAAUCUCACCAUCAAAAAGCAACUUGGAAGAAACGAUAUCAACACUCGAAUAUGCUUUCCGCGCGAAGAACAUCCGGAACAAACCACAACUCAACGCCAUACCAAAAAAGACACUACUAAAGGAAUUCACCGCUGAGAUCGAAAAAUUAAAGAGCGAAUUGAUAUCCACCAGACUACGGAAUGGCGUUUAUUUGUCCAACGAAAUGUACGAGGAUAUGACGGCAGAAAGCGAGUCGCGAAGAAUCGUGGCCGAGGAGCAAGGCGCCAAGAUUGAAACUCUCGAGACGAAUCUGCGCAACAAAACACAGGAGCUGUACUCUUUAAAUACUUCGUUUAUGGGACUGAAGAAAGAUCACGACGGCACCCGAUCGCAGCUCGACAGUACAAAGGGACUUCUUCAUGAGGUAGAGAUGGUGCUCAAGAUGACACACAAGUCACUUGCCGAGGAGACUGAGCUCCGAAAAGCUCACGAGGCUACGGAAGAAAAGCUGACCAAGAUUGGCGGCGAACUCAUCCACAAGCUCCAGCGGACAGUCAAUGACGUUAGUGGACUGCAUGCGAAGAAUAAGCGAAAAUCGGAUCUGCAAUCCAUCAAUAGAGCUACCUGGGGCACGUCACAGAUUCAAGUUUCUGAUGUAACGUCCAUGGUUGAGCGCCGCGUUGCCGACUUUCAAGACGAGCAGCGCGACCACAUCUCCAGCAUCUCAACACGUAUGACUGCUUUUGUCGACGAAGAACUCCAGAAGCUGUCAACGACACAAAGCUUCCUCGAUGAGCAGCUCAAUGCCUUUGCUGACUCUAAGAAGCUCCUGCUGGAACAGAAACAAAAAUCCAAGGAUGAGAUGGACGAGGUACUCGAAGAAAUUAAUGUGAUUCGCGACAGCGUGAAGGAGCGUGUCGGCGAGAGCUUACAGGUCAUCUCUGGUGCCGCAGAAAAGAUUGCUUCCGAUGUCAUUGCCGAGAUGGGUGAUCUGCAUACACACCUGCACAACUCGUAUGCUUCCUUGGGCAAAGACUUCAAAUCUAUCUUUGAAGACCUUCUUAAACACAUCACGGCCCAGCGUAGCGAGUCGGAUGGCCUUCGACGCCAGCUCCAAAGUGCCACGAACGCGGCCGUUCUGCAGAGCUCCAGCACCUCGCUACGUAUCCAAGAAGUCAUCGCCGAAGAGCGACGACAAGCCGCAGAGGAUCGCCAAAAGCUGCUUUCCCAGAUCACGACACUGAUCAACACGCAGGCUGAGACACAGGAAUCAAGAUUCGCCGACAAGGCCUCGCAGAUCCAAAAAUCGGUCACCGAAUCCAGCGCCACUCUGGAAGGUGCCGUCACUCAAUACAAUGAAGGCAUGGAAUCGUGGGACGAGAAAGAAGGCGAGCUUCUGGAAGAAGUCAAGAAGUCUCGAGAACAACUCAAAACAAAGCUCAAGGAUGAUUGGACUACCGCCAGCGAGCAUAGCACGGCGAUUCAGAACACAGCCAAGUCGGUGCAUGCUGAGACUGUGCGUGUCGUCGACGAGCAGGUCGAGGAUCUCGGAUCCAAGAUGCACGCGCUUGAUGACUUUGUCACGCACGCUCGCACUGAAAACACAACGCACCACGAGAGCCAUGGACAGUCGGUGCAGGCACUGUCCAACACUGUCGAGCAGUCAUUCAGCAACAUCUCGUCGCACUUCAAGUCUACGUUUGACAGGAUCAGGAAUGUUGGCGAGGAAAUGGAACUGGACACCAGCGAUAUGCGUGAAGCUCUGGAGCCGCUCGAUUCGCAGCUUUGCCAGCCGCUGACAAACCUGCGCGAGGGCAUUUCUAGUGCCACCCUUCAGGAGUACCAGCCCACGGGUGACACGCCCCAAAAGGCGGUCUACCAAUUCCCAACCGUCUUGCCGCGAACCAAUAACAUUGCCGAGGGCACAAACAUCGAGGAGGAAGACAAGAGUAUGCCGGCCUCGCCGUUGGUGGUGGAUCGCUCUACGGACCAGGACCAGACCAUUGUCUUUGCCGACCUGUCGCCGCAGUCGCAGCCACCGGCCCCUUCUACUAAGCUCGGCAUGAGCCUGCGCGAAGUCAACCCCAACGUCACGUCAAACCUGACGGCGCCCGCACCCCUAGGCUUUGAGCCCCGCGCGAGCAGCAUCAUGUCGAUGCCUGCGGCGGCGGCGGCGGCGGCGGAGAAUACGACGAUGCCUCUGUUUAAACGCAGCACUAGGAAUGUGCGUGGCGUGGCAGGUAUCAAGAGACCUGCCGUCACGGCAGAGGGACGCGAAAACUAUCCGCCCUCGGCACUGACAGCCGGUGGUGGCUCCAAGAGAAAGAGCCCACGACUUAAAUAA